AUGGCCGACAACCAAGGCGGAGGAGGCCGAGGUCGUGGAAGGCGUCAGAACCGCGAUAUGGGAAGGGCUGCCUUCAGCCGGCAAGCGAUAGAUAAACGCGAGCGGCAAGAGCGACAGAACGAGGCCAAGCGUCGCAAGAUUGAGAAUGGCGAGGAGCUUACAGCCCCAAUCUACGCGACCCAGUUCUCAAAGGAGGAAAUCGAGGGCGAAGCGCGUCGUCCUAAGAAGAAGGCGGCCAUCUUGAUGGGAUACUCUGGCACUGGAUACUUUGGCAUGCAAUUAAACGAGAACCAAAAGACCAUCGAGGGUGACCUGUUCGCUGCUCUGGUCGCUGCCGGCGCCAUCUCGAAAGCUAAUGCUGAGGACCCCAAGAAGUCGUCGUUUGUUCGCUGCGCUCGGACGGAUAAGGGUGUGCAUGCCGCAGGAAAUGUCGUGUCAUUGAAAAUGAUUAUGGAGGACCCCGAUAUUGUCGACAAGAUCAACGAGAAGCUGAGCCCCCAGAUCCGUGUGUGGGGUAUCGAACAGACUACUAGCGGCUUCAGCUGCUACCAGCUGUGUGACUCCCGCGUUUACGAAUACCUGAUGCCAAGUCACUGCCUUCUGCCCCCUCAUCCCAGUACCCAUCUCGGCCGGAAGAUUGUGGAAUUGGCCGAGAAGACGGGUGAACUGGAUGUCGUCAAGGCGCGACAGGAAGAGGUCGCCGGCUUUUGGGAGGAGGUGGAUAAGACCUACAUCAAGCCCAUUCUGGAUGGUGUUCCGGAGGACAUCCGCGCCAUUGUGGAAAAGGCUCUCUAUUGGUACGAUCCGGCGCAGGGUGAGAUAGACCCCGAAAACGCAUCUGAAGCCCCUGCGCCUGCGCCUGAGCCUGAAAACGUCGAAGAACCAGCACAGGACCAAGCGGCCGACGAAAAUAAGCCCUUCCAGAUGGGUCCCCGACAGAAGCUGAUCAGCGACACCACCAAGGCUAUCAAGGCGGCUUAUAUCAAGGCCAGGAGAGCCUAUCGCGUUCCUCAGGCCCGCAUUACACGUCUGCAAGAGUGCCUGAGCCGUUACGAAGGCACCAAGAACUACCACAACUACACCAUCCAGAAGACUUUCAAGGAUCCAUCUGCCAAGCGUCACAUCAAGUCUUUCAAGGUGAACCCAGAGCCCGUGGUCAUCAACGGAACUGAGUGGCUCAGCCUAAAGGUCCACGGCCAGAGUUUCAUGAUGCACCAGAUCCGAAAGAUGGUCGCCAUGUCGACCCUUGUUGUUCGUGCUGGUUGUACACCUGACCGGAUCAAUGAUAGCUAUGGCCCUGAACGUAUUGCCAUUCCCAAGGCCCCUGGUCUGGGUCUGUUGCUCGAGCGUCCCAUCUUCGAAAACUACAACACCAAAGCCGUGGGCCUGGGUCGUGAGCCCAUUAACUUCGACAAGUAUGCCACGGCCAUGAACGAGUUCAAACAGCGGGAAAUCUAUGACCGGAUUUUCCGCGAGGAAGAGGAGACUGCGGCGUUCGGCAAUUUCUUCAACCACAUUGAUCAUUUCCCGCAAGAAUUCUUCCUCUAUGUUACCUCCGGUGGUAUCGAGGCGGCCAAACUUGUCGCUGCGCCCACUGCCGACACUGAAAGCCCGAAGGAUUCUUCCCGUCAGAAGGUGGACAACUCUCAGAAGGAUGUUCUCGCUGCCGUCGAGUCGGAAGAUGAAGGAACGGCCCCUGAUGCGAAGGAGGGUAACUAA